AGGCGAAUUCCCGAACAGGGUUAUCAACUAGUAUACACAAAUCGCCUAGUCCCUUCUUUCUUUUUUGUUUUCCUUCUUUCUUGUCUUUGUUUAUUCCUCGACCUUCUGGAGUAUGUAUAUCGUGGUCUCAGGACCUGAUUUUGUUUCAGCGGUCCCCGGCAGAGAGCUCAUUGCUGGUUGUUGCCCCUCAUGCCUACUCGCCGACAGAUUACCCGGCUCAAUCUUGAAGAGGCGACAUCGGAAGAUUACGAAGAAUGCUUGCUCCUGGGCUCCGACGACGAACUGGACGAGACAGCAAGAACGGUGAAAAGGAGAAGAAUCGAGACUCUCGGCGAGGCUUAUUUACAGGGGCGACCGCUAUUUAUUUCCUCUGCCUCACUUCGCGGGCCAUUCGAUAAGGGCUGGGUGAACCCAUGGCGAAAACAUCGGAAACAACAUGACUCUGGCAUAACACUUGCGGCGACUGUUGGACCGGUCAAUGAUGUGAUAGAAUAUACGGUACCGGACACGAACGACAGCAUAUCUCGUAUGGGAGCAGGCGGUUCGUCUCGAGCUAGGAGCAUCCGUUCAGAUGUUCAAGGAUCCUCAUCGUCUCCAAUACCGAAACGAGCUUGGAAUCAUAGAUCGUCGACAGCACCCACAGGAGGGAAUUCACCUUCAGAUGCUCAGACCGCACAAGCUUGGCUCAAGAGGCACAGGAAUUUCGCUAACAUCCAGAAUUAUGAUCCGCCCAAAUCUCCCUCUACCCGUUAUGCGAGCUCUGGAGGAAAUGGAACCAUCAAAUUGCCCAAGAAUACUAGUAAAAGUGCUGAAUCUGGUUUGGCUCGUGCUAUGAAGUCUUAUCAAACGGAUCUGCGGAAUGUUAGAAGGAACAAGCCUGUCUCAGGCGAUCUCCAGGAAAAACAUAUACAGCCGAGUGCAGGCAGCACUUCAUUCGCCCUUCCUGAAAAUGAGAUAUACCAUGGAUCCCUUUCAGAUACGAAACAAACCAAGGCAUCAUCAUUGACGAAGACCACAGCAUCGGAUAAGUCAUCUAACAGAUUACGUAAGGUUGAAAACGAUGUGGUGACGGUAUCUGAUCCUACGCCUCGGGAAACAAACAUGCUCGCUAGCGCAUCCUCCGUUCAUAUAGUACCACCAUCUUCGCACCUUCCGGAAUUCAAGUAUCGAAUUGCAAAGGUUAAUUCAAGAGGAGAGCCUGAGAAUCAGACAUAUCAUUCUCUUUUUACUACGGAAAAUGGCGCCUUCCAAAACAACUCGGGCCAUGACAGAGAAUCAUCCCCAAUUAAACUCACACCCCUAAAUCGUCAGCAAGAUCAGGCUUCUAUAAUAGCACCUAGUACAAUAACACUCAAUUGCUCGGAAAAGCAGCACAACAGCUUGACCGAAAGCGAAAUGCUGCCAUCAGCGCAGGUUGUACCGAAAUUAUCAGGGACCUCAAAUUGUUUUAUCUCGUUGCACUCUGCUGAAUAUCGUGGACCGAAUGCUGCAGAGAAUGGCACGGCGAGUGUUGACGGAGAACUCUCCACUCAGGCGGCCUUUGAGCUGGCACAAAAAUCAUUCCAGGACGACCUAGCCACUCCACAGACAAGUUUUCAAGGUCCACCAAAGACGAGACUAGGCGCCAACUCUUCCGUCAAGAGAAUCACGCCUUUUGCAGAUGUAAUCACCGACGAAUCAGCUAUUAACACCAAGAUUGGGUUUAGGAACACCCCGGGAACAAAUCAGAAUAUGAAUACCCAAGCCAUGAUUGAUACUUUUACUCCUUUCAGCGAUGCAUUUACAGGUGGAGUAGGAAAGGAGGCUGCGAAGAGAUCCAGCGCCCAUCUUGAUAUCGUGAAUGCCGACGCAACGAACAGAACUGACGUCGUGGCAUUGCCUCACUUGCAGCCGCGCUUGAAGUCUCCUCAUGGUCCGUCAUUCCAAGAAGCCCAAACAUCAGAGCAGGAUUCUCUACCCGCUCUUCCAUUAACACUAUCGGGAACCACCCCAGCAUCCAAUCAACAAGACGGCCAGGGAUACCUCUUCAGUAUGGAUGUGUUUGAUGUCAGUCAAGUCAUAAAGGAUGCUGGAACCCUCGAAGCGGAACACGCAAUCUUCAACGCCGAGCUCGCGACACGAAGUGGCUCUCAUGUAAUCGAUCCAUUCUGGAGUCGGUUGCAUCGGCUAUGA